AUGCACGAUGAGCUAAGCUAUUCCACGACAACCUUCUCUAGCAAGGGAAUCUUAUCGCAAUGCGAGAGGGCUCUAACAGCAGCAAAAAACGGCGCACUUUCGGUUGGAAUACGUGCUGUCAAUGGUGUUGUGCUGGCGUCCAUAAAGAAAACACCUUCUGUUUUGGUAGAGAAGGAAAGAGUACAAAAAGUCUUUAAGGUAUGCGAUACAAUCAUUGGAACCUUCUCAGGGCUAAGUGGAGACUUUAGGAAUGCUCUAGAAGUAGCAAGGGAGAUUGCUAAUGACUACCGAAAGGUAUAUGGUGUGUACCCAUACAUAGACACUUUCAUGAAAGAGUUUUCAAAAGUCAUCCAGGAAAAAACACAAAAAGAAGGACUAAGGCCAAUCGGGUGCAUCUGCCUGUUUGCAGGGCAUGCGUGCAUAAAGAAGGACAUACAGCCGGAUGAAGAAGGAAGGCCUUUGAUUGUGGAGACAGAUGCCUAUGUGCUGCAGCCCCUUCUCUAUCAGAUAGAUCCAUCUGGCUCAAUAAAGAAUAGCUUCUCCUUUGGAAUUGGCAAGGCAUACAAAGAAUGCUCGCAGUUUCUGGGAAAAAGAUGCACGUCUGAAAUAGAGAUCCAUGAUGCAGUGGUGAUUGCGGUUCUUGCUUUGAAGGAGUUCACAGAGGUGGCAAUCAAUGAAGAGGAUAUUAGCAUAGCAAUCAUAACAAACGAAGGAAUUUCCAAUUACGAAAGCAAGGAUGUACAGGAUAUUCUGAAGAGUAUCUAA